GCUGGUCUAAAUUUAGCCAGAAAGUUAAAAUAGAACAAAUUGGUGUUUGAAAAUGCAGCAAAAACAGCAAAAGUUCGUGUAACGAAAUCGAAAACAACCACUAAUUUGUUUACCCGAUUUGAAUAUAAUAUUAGGCAAUGUGACUGUGAAGCGCCAACACUAAACCAAAAAAAAAAACAAAAAAUAAAAGAUACUUAAAUAAAAAAGUGAUUUAAAGUACCAUCAUACUAAAAAACUGUGCCGCUUAAGACGCUUGAUAAGUUUUAAAGAACCGAAAGGGAAAUACUCUAACGCCUAGAGUAUUUAACAGACCAUUGAAAACCUGAUGGCAACAACAACAACCACGCAGGCAGCAGGAGCUGCACCAGCUCUCAACCUAUUGCCCGCCAGCAAUGAUAACACAAAUAAUACACUGAUCAACAGCAACAAUAAUAAUAAUAAUAAUAAUAGUAACAGUAAUAAUAACAACAACGUGACAAGCCAGCCGAUUAAAAUACCGCUGACCGAGCGCUUCUCAUCGCAAACAUCAACGGGCUCGGCGGACAGCGGCGUAAUUGUUUCCAGUGCAUCGCAGCAGCAACUGCAGUUGCCGCCACCGCGCAGUAGCAGUGGCUCGCUGAGCCUGCCGCAGGCGCCACCUGGCGGCAAGUGGCGGCAGAAGCAGCAGCGCCAGCAGCUGCUGCUCAGCCAGGACAGCGGCAUCGAAAAUGGUGUCACCACCAACACCAGCACCACCACCACCUCCUCCCGUCAAUCGAAAGCCAAAGCCAAAGCCAAGGACAUCCAGGGCGUGGGAAAAUCCAAUCACAAUGCCACAAGCUCGAACGAGUGCGGCGCCCAGUCGAACAGCAGCAGCGAGAGCCUGGGCAGCAACUGCUCCGAGGCCCAGGAUCAGCAGCGAGUAAGGGCCUCCUCCGCCCUGGAGCUCAGCAGCAGCGGCAGCGUGGACACGCCCGUCAUGGUGGGCGGUGUGGGCAGUGUGGGCAACAGCAUCUUGCGCAGCCGCAUUAAGUACAAGAGUACGAACAGCACCGGAACCCAGGGAUUCGAUGUGGAGGACCGCAUCGAUGAGGUGGAUAUCUGUGAUGACGACGUCGACUGCGAUGAUCGCGGAUCGGAGAUCGAGGAGGAGGAGGAGGACGAGGAGGACGAUGGCGUCAAUGUGGACGACGAUGUCGAGGAGGCCGACAACCAGUCGGAUAAUCAGUCGGGUAUUAUAAUCAACCUCAAGAGCAAAACCGAACAAGAGGCGGCCCACGACGACGACGAGGUGGAUGCCAAGCCGAAAAACCGACUUCUGCCACCGGAUCAGGCGGAACUCACAGUGGCGGCGGCAAUGGCCCGUCGCCGGGAUGCCAAGAGCCUGGCCACCGAUGGCCACAUCUAUUUCCCGCUGCUUAAGAUCAGCGAGGAUCCGCACAUUGAUGCGAAGCUGAUCAAUCGCAAGGAUGGCCUCCAGGACACCAUGUAUUAUUUGGACGAGUUCGGCAGUCCCAAGUUGCGGGAGAAGUUCGCCCGCAAGCAGAAGCAACUGCUUGCCAAGCAGCAGAAGCAGAUGAUGAAGCGGGAGCGAAGGAGCGAGGAGCAGCGCAAGAAGCGAAACACCACUGUGGCAUCCAACUUGGCGGCCAGCGGAGCGGUGGUGGACGACACCAAAGAUGAUUACAAACAACAACAACAACCACUCUGUGAUACUAGCUCUAGGUGCAAACCUAACUCGGUACCCAAUCCCCCCCAUCCCCCCAGCCAUCCGAAUCACAACCCUCACAGCCAUCUCGUUGUGCCUGUGGAUGAGGACGUGGAUGUGGACGUGCAUGUGGCUGCCGCCAGCGACGUGGACAGCGGUGCCGUCAAGAUGCGCCGUCACAGCCACGACAACCACUACGACCGAAUCCCCCGGAGCAAUGCUACCACCAUCACCACCCGCCCUGCAAUCGAUCACCAGUCGCAGAACAUCGAGGACGUCGAGCAAGGAGCCGAGCCCCAUAUCGAUGGCGAAGUGGAUCCGGAUCCGGAGCUGGAUGCGGAUGCGGACAGCGAUGGGAGCGGCGAGAACGUUAAGACUGCCAAAUUGGCCAGAACACAGUCCUGCGUCAGUUGGACCAAAGUGGUGCAAAAGUUCAAGAAUAUACUAGGUCGCGAUGGUUCUAAAAUCACAACAGUUGUUGCAACACCCGGCCAAGGCACCGAUCGCGUACAAGAGGUCUCCUAUACAGACACAAAGGUCAUCGGCAAUGGCAGCUUCGGCGUCGUGUUCCAGGCAAAGCUUUGCGAUACCGGCGAACUGGUGGCAAUCAAAAAAGUUUUACAAGACAGACGAUUUAAGAAUCGCGAAUUGCAAAUUAUGCGCAAAUUGGAGCAUUGUAAUAUUGUGAAGCUUUUGUACUUUUUCUAUUCGAGUGGUGAAAAGCGUGAUGAAGUAUUUUUGAAUUUAGUCCUCGAAUAUAUACCAGAAACCGUAUACAAAGUGGCUCGCCAAUAUGCCAAAACCAAGCAAACGAUACCAAUCAACUUUAUUCGGCUCUACAUGUAUCAACUGUUCAGAAGUUUGGCCUACAUCCACUCGCUGGGCAUUUGCCAUCGUGAUAUCAAGCCGCAGAAUCUUCUGCUCGAUCCGGAGACGGCUGUGCUGAAGCUCUGUGACUUUGGCAGCGCCAAACAGCUGCUGCACGGCGAGCCGAAUGUGUCGUAUAUCUGCUCCCGGUAUUACCGCGCCCCCGAGCUCAUCUUUGGCGCCAUCAAUUAUACAACAAAGAUCGAUGUGUGGAGUGCCGGUUGCGUUUUGGCCGAGUUACUGCUGGGCCAGCCCAUCUUCCCUGGCGAUUCCGGUGUGGAUCAGCUCGUCGAGGUCAUCAAGGUCCUGGGCACACCGACAAGAGAACAGAUACGCGAGAUGAAUCCAAACUACACGGAAUUCAAGUUCCCCCAGAUUAAGAGUCAUCCAUGGCAGAAAGUUUUCCGUAUACGCACUCCUACAGAAGCUAUCAACUUGGUGUCCCUGCUGCUUGAGUACACGCCUAGUGCCCGGAUCACACCGCUCAAGGCCUGUGCACAUCCGUUCUUCGAUGAGCUGCGCAUGGAGGGCAACCACACCUUGCCCAACGGCCGCGAGAUGCCGCCGCUAUUCAACUUCACAGAGCAUGAGCUCUCCAUACAGCCCAGCCUAGUGCCGCAGUUGUUGCCCAAGCAUCUGCAGAACGCAUCCGGACCUGGCGCCAAUCGAUCCUCGGCGGGCGGAGCAGCCUCUGCUGCGGCCAGCGGCUCCACCAGCGUCUCGUCAACGGGCAGUGGCGCCUCGGCGGAAGGCUCCGCCCAGCCACAACAGUCGCAGGGCACAGCAGCCGCUGCGGGCUCCGGAUCGGGCGGAGCAACAGCAGGCACCGGCGGAGCGAGUGCCGGCGGAGUGCCCGGUUCUGGCAACAACAGCAGCAGCGGCGGAGCAUCCGGAGCGCCGACCGCCGUCACUGCCGGCGCCAAUGCCGCCGUCGCUGGCGGUGCUGGUGGUGGUGGUGGAGCUGGCGCAGCGACCGCAGCUGCCACAGCAGCUGGCGCUAUAGGCGCGACUAAUGCCGGCGGCGCCAAUGUAACAGGUUCGCAGUCGAACAGCGCCCUGAACAGCAGCGGCAGUGGCGGCAGCGGCAACGGCGAGGCAGCCGGCUCGGGCUCCGGAUCCGGUUCGGGAUCGGGAUCAGGAGGCGGGAAUGGCGGUAGUGGCGGCGAUAACGACGCUGGCGACAGUGGAGCAGCCGCAUCUGGAGCUGGAGGAGGAGCACCGGAAACCGAGGCAGCGGCGUCGGGUUAGCGUGCGCAAGAUGCCCUUUGAAUGUAAUGUUAUUGGCAGGUUUUCGCUCGGCCCUUGGGACGCAGUUAACCCAUUUCGGUCAGGAGCGAGAUGACAACACCACACAGACACACGCAGCUAUACUUGAAAAAAUAAAUGAAAGCGAUGUCGGAUGUCCCAGCAGAAGCUAUGAGAGUAAAUGAAAAUGAAAGACACUGGAAUUCACUUCGAAGAACGCCCAAUACCCUAGGAACCACAAAACAAUAACCCCAUUCCCCAACACCUCACACACACACAUACACACUCACACACACACACACAUGUAUGUAUGUAUAUCUAGCUAUAUGCAUUGGGCGCAAGCAAAUAUUUAGCAUAAAAUCGAAAGAAACCAAGAAGAAAAACCAAAAACAAAAAAUCCACUUUAAACUAUGCAUAAAUAAUUAAAAUAAUUAUCUGUACUAUUAAAAACAAAGAGAAAUCCCGGAUGGAAUGUUGAGAAAUAAUCGGAAAACCCCCCCCGCGUCCCAACCUUCAAUAUAGUAAAUAACAUUUAACAAAACAGCUCGCGGAACGUAAUAAAACAUAAGUGCAAAAAACAAAAUAAAAAAAAAAGUAAAUACAAAAUAACAAAAAGCAGAAGAAAAUUGAAUGAAUACUUAGUGAAAUAAAUCAAAAUUUUUGCCCAUUUAACGUUUAUAUAUAUGCGGUUAUACAAAUAUAUAACGAUCACAGCAGUUAGCAAUCCAUAGUAAAAGUAAAUAAAAGAGUAAACAAUUAAAGGAGGCGGCAAAGUAAGAGGGACUAGCAAAAGGGAGGAGGAUACAACAUAAACUAAACUCGCGCAAGUGCAUCUAUAUGAGUACGAUAUAGAUAUUAUAUAAACAUAGAUAUAUAUACGAGAUAUUAACAAGAGUAGUACUCCUAAUAGCUACCCCCGACCACUCACCCCCUUGACCCCCCAACCCCUAAUCCUAGAACCGGAAACAUCCCAAGUAAAAAAGAAAAAUAGAAAAAAAAGGAAAAGAAAAGAAAACACUCCACGAAUAGCAACAUUUUCCGUGGCCUGUUCUCAAGUAACGUAUUGCAACUACGAUUAUCUAUGGAGGCGAUCGUCAAAAUGCAAUAAACAUAAACUAUACACUAUACAUAAAUACAAGAAAUAUAACAAAUUGAGCAACAAGAAAGUGAAUGUACGAAUGAGUAAAACGCUUUUAGCGCGCGACGCCACCCAUUAACUUAAAUAAACAAUGCAAAUAAUGAGGUAAUGACGUUUUGACGUAUUGAGGUAUCGAGGUAAUGAGAUAGUGGAGCCACAAUCUUGAUAUAUGAUAUAUGUAAAAGUAAUCGACAAAGGACAUUUAGCUGCAAUUGAAAAUUUAAACUAAUUUAAUACAAAUUGAAGUAAAAUACAAUGAAACCGAUGAUGUUUUUAGUACGUAAGGGCCUUAGAUCAACCGGAAACUCACUCCUGCGCAACUAUAUAGUAUUGGUUCCAAUCUAUUUAUCCAAUACCUAUACCUAUACCUAUCCAUAUACCUAUGACAGCCACCAGCCAGCCACUCAGUUUAACUGCUUAGAUCUCGUUUCGGAAAUUAUGUCUGCGAUUAUGUCCCCCGCACUUUACCUUGCCCCAUUUCAAAAACAAUUAAGUAAACAAAGCAAAAAAAAAGAAAAAAAAAACCAAAAAAGGAAAAAACCAAAAAAGGGAAAAUAACCAAAAGGCAAAAGAAAAACAAAGUCUAUUUGUAUGUAUUUCCAUAGAACUCCUUAUAUAUUGUACGAGAACAUAUUUUUUUUUACUAACUAAAUGAUACAUUUAUACAAUUAAUGAACGUUGAGUUUUGUGGCAUCAAAACUAAUUAAAUUUAACUAUAUACAUAUAUGUACACACACACUCUCACACACACACACACACACGCAUUCAGACAUACUCACACGCACAUACGUCUUUAAUUUCAAAUAAAUUAGAAAGAGAAAACCGAAGAUUUUCCAACUAAAACCAAAACAUUUUAGAAAUAAUCUAAGUAAACAGCAGACAAGUUAUAUAAAUCUUUAAACACACCCACACACA